CCUGUACCGAUUCUCUUCGAACUUGUCGAUUCGAAAAUUUGCAAAGGGAAUUAAUUUUCCUUUUAUAUAUUUCUCUUAUCUGUUUCCAUAUCUAUAUAUAAUAGUGGUGAAUAUGUUUCGAUUUGUGAAAGAGAAGAUCAGAAAACGCAGGCUUCUUUGAUUGUUUGGGGGGAAAAUUGACGGAAAGAGAAUUCUAUGGUUGUUGCUUUCCCUAUGGCCGACGGGCUUUCUGUGAUUCCAGCUUCCGUUGUGCGAAAUCUCUCCGAUAAGCUUUAUGAGAAGAGGAAAAAUGCUGCUCUCGAGGUUGAGAAUAUUGUGAAGCAACUGACGGUGGCCGGAGAUCAUGAUAAGAUUACGGCGGUGAUCAAUUUGCUAACUAACGAGUUCACGUUUUCACCGCAGGCCAAUCACCGGAAGGGAGGAUUGAUAGGAUUGGCUGCGGCUACCGUUGGGUUGACUUCAGAAGCAGCUCAGCAUCUUGAGCAAAUAGUACCACCAGUGCUAAAUUCUUUUUCUGACCUAGAUGGCAGAGUCCGCUAUUAUGCUUGUGAGGCUCUGUAUAACAUUGCAAAGGUUGUGCGAGGAGAUUUUAUCGUUUUCUUUAAUCAAAUCUUUGAUGCUCUCUGUAAGCUCUCAGCAGAUUCAGAUCCCAAUGUACAGAGUGCU